AUGUCUAUUCCUGCCAACGUUAUUUAUUUCACAGGGUAUGAAUACAUUAGAGACCACUCAUUUAUCCCCAAUCACCCUUUGAACCCUCUUCUUUGUGGAUGUCUAUCUCGUACUAUAGCUGCAACAGUGAUCUCCCCGUUUGAGUUGAUCAAAACAAGGUUGCAAUCUAUCCCAGCAGGUGCCAAAAAUGGUGGUGGUGAUCAUGUAGUUCGUGACUUGCUACAAGAAAUGUACGCCACAACCAGAGCCAAAGGUUUAGGAACCUUGUUCAAAGGAUUACAGAUCACGUUAUGGAGAGAUGUACCGUUUUCAGGGAUAUAUUGGUCGUGUUAUGAAACAUCCAAAGUUCAAAUUGGGAAACUUUUUAAAGCUGAUUUCAGUCAUCAAAACACUGAAAGUGGUGAUGAUUGGAGAAUCUUCGCCACCAGUUUCCUUUCAGGUUCGUUAGCUGGUACAUUAGGAGCAAUAGGUACCCAUCCAUUUGAUGUAGGGAAAACACGUCUUCAAAUUGCAACAGACGUAGAAUCGCUGGCAAAAAAGCAACCCUCGAUGUUCUUGUCCCUCUAUAACAUCUACAAGACGGAGGGAAUAAGUGCAUUAUAUGCUGGGAUUGGACCAAGAGUGCUCAAAAUAGCACCAGCUUGUGCUAUCAUGGUAUCUUCGUAUGAAGUGGGAAAGAAGCUUUUUAAGAACGAUCAAUAG